AUGGAUAAUUGCAAACCCGUUGAAACCAAGUCGAAACUUGGUGCUCUCGACAGACAAUCGGUUAGUGACAAUUCUCUUUACAUGAGUCUUGCAGGUGCUCUUCAGUACCUCACUUUUACUAGAUCGGACAUUGUUUAUGUGAUUCUGCAAAUAUGCUUAUUUAUGCAUGACCCGAGGGAACUGCAUUUCAACGCUCUCAAGCGUAUUAUUAGAUAUAUCAGAGGCACUAUGGAUCAUGGCCUUCAUUUGUACCGUUCUGCUCCUACGAUACUUGUUUCUUACACUGAUGCCGAUUGGGGUGGUUCCCUGAUACUCGGCGUUCUACUUCUAGAUAUUAUGUUUAUUAGGGUGAUAAUCUGGUCUCUUGGUCUCCAAACAACAGGCUACUUUGUCCCGUUCUAG